UUCUACUUUUUGGUUGUGCACAAAAAUGAAGUUAUUUGAAGCUUACUGUUUAAUUGUCUUAUUUUCAUUAACCACAAUAGCAAUAGCAGAAGCUCCAAGAUACGCCAUGUCAGGGUGCGAUGAUAUGUGUGGGAACGUGAGAAUUCCAUACCCUUUUGGAAUCGGUGCCAAUUGUUCUAUCAACAGUUGGUACAUGGUUGAUUGCAACUCCUCGAGGCCAUAUCUAUCUGCACUCAAGCAGUUAGAAAUCUUGAGUGUAAACUUGGAAAAUCAAACGGUAACAGUUAAUACACCGAAAUACUCUGAUUGCCAAAACCCAGUUCCAAAUAGCAUCAAUCUGGGUAGCAGCCCAUUUCUGUUUUCCAAAUCACACAAUAAAUUUAUUUAUGAGGGGUGUGGUAAUGCUGUCAUGAUGGACAGCGGAAGUGAAGUGCUCACUGGGUGUUCGACUUAUUGUCACAAUGAAAGUCGUAGCACUAGAAACAGCUGUUUUGGCAUCAGUUGUUGCCAAUCCAUAAUUCCUCACUAUCUCAAGUCGUACACAAUUAACAUCAGUAGACAGGAUGGAGAAGAUAGAGGUUGUGGGUCUGCCUUUAUAGUGGAUGAAUAUUAUUCAUAUGUUGAAGGUAGGUUUUCAGAGAAUAACAACUCUUAUGUUCCAGUAUCACUUCUUUGGACCCUUCCACAACUAAGUGACAUCUAUCAAGACCUUUGUGUUGGUUUCUACUAUACAUUAGCUAUAGUUGAGGUAGAUCUGGGAAAUGGUAAUACAAUGAAGUCUUGGAAAUGCUUACGUGAUCCGAGAGUACUUGGUAUAUGGCAAUUAGCUGGAAACCCUUACAUAUACGACGGAACCACUGUUAUAGUCAGAGAAGAGUGUGUAAGCUGCAGAAGUAGAGGAAAUUACUGUGGCUAUGACCCAAUAUAUGAUGCUGAUGGCAUAUUAUUCAAAUACAACCUCACUUGUAGUAGUAUCGAUUUUCAGCCUCCUGUAGAAGAAAGCAAAAUGUCAUUGGGUGUUAUUCUAGGUAAUGCUUGUACUCUCUACUUAAAAUAA